GUACAACAAUAGUAGCGCAUACAAUUAAAAGACUGACAAGCUUGUUUAAAUAAUAAGAAACACCAGCAUGUACUCAACUAAAAGCGAGGGACCGCGCAGAGGAAGAUCUUUUGACUCCAUGAACCUUGGUCUGACUUUGGAAGAGAAGCAACUUAACAAUGAGAUGAACAAAUCUGCUUUUCCAAAGAUCGAGGAGAAUAAAGACAACAAAACUGCGUCUACAGAGAGGGGUCGGGCUGCUGUCGUGUUCUCUCUGAAAAAUGAAGUCGGUGGGCUUGUCAAGGCACUGAAACUUUUCCAGGAAAACCACGUCAACCUUGUGCACAUUGAGUCCAGAAAAUCCAAAAGGCGCAACUCAGAAUUCGAAAUCUUCGUAGACUGCGAUAGCAACCGCGAGCAGCUGCACGAGAUCAUUCAGCUGCUGAGGAAACACGUGAACGUGCUUGAGAUGGACGCGCCUGACAACCGCCUGCCUGAAGAAAACGAGAUGGAGAAUGUGCCGUGGUUCCCGAAGAAGAUUUCAGAUCUGGAUAAAUGUGCGAAUCGAGUGCUGAUGUAUGGAUCAGACCUGGAUGCGGAUCACCCGGGAUUCAAGGACAAUGUCUAUCGCAAAAGGAGAAAGUACUUUGCAGACUUGGCUAUGAGCUACAAACAUGGAGAUCCCAUUCCCCGUAUUGAGUUCACAGAGGAGGAGGUGAAAACAUGGGGAGUUGUGUUCAGGGAGCUGAAUAAACUCUACCCCACACACGCCUGCCGCGAGUACCUGAAGAACCUGCCCUUGCUCACCAAACACUGUGACUUCCGUGAGGACAACAUCCCACAGCUGGAGGAUGUCUCGCGCUUCCUCAAAGAGCGUACUGGCUUCACCAUCAGGCCUGUGGCUGGAUAUCUCUCCCCGCGAGACUUCCUGGCAGGUCUUGCCUUCCGUGUGUUUCACUGCACUCAAUAUGUCCGACACAGCUCAGACCCCCUCUACACACCUGAGCCAGACACAUGUCACGAGCUGCUUGGACACGUCCCUCUUCUGGCCGAGCCCAGCUUUGCUCAGUUCAGUCAGGAGAUUGGUCUCGCGUCACUGGGGGCAUCAGAUGACUCUAUACAGAAACUUGCUACUUGUUAUUUCUUCACUGUGGAGUUUGGCCUCUGUAAGCAGGAAGGAAAACUGAGAGCUUAUGGGGCCGGUCUGCUGUCCUCCAUCAGCGAACUGAAGCAUGCACUGUCAGGAAACGCCAGGAUCUUGCCCUUUGACCCCAACGUGACAUGCAAACAGGAGUGUAUCAUCACCACCUUUCAGGAUGUCUACUUUGUUUCAGACACCUUUGAGGAAGCAAAAGUCAAAAUGAGAGAGUUUGCAAAGACCAUCAAGCGGCCAUUCUCAGUACGCUACAACCCGUACACGCAGAGCGUAGACGUUCUGAAGGACACGGCCAGCAUCAACAACGUGGUGGAGGAACUAAGACAUGAGUUGGACAUCAUUGGAGACGCACUAAACAGGCUAAACAAACAGUUAGGAGUCUGAAAAACUACAUUUCCCAGCAAAUCAUCCAUUACAUCAUGUACCAGUCACAAGUUAAUUUAUUUUGUCACAGUAUUUUCCAAAUAAUGUAUGGCAUGAUUAAUAUGUAAUGCUGUAUGUAUGAACCUACCAAACGGAAUCAAAUCUUCUUGUGUCUAUUAUUAUUAGUUUGGCUCUUGUUUGAUUAAAUACGUGGCUCAACAAAAGCUGUGCUAAAUGUUUGAAAGUGAAGUUCUUGUAUUAUAUUUAAAUUUUCUACUUGAUAGGGUGGUAUUUAUGCAAGGUGACCACAAUGGUUAUGGUUAAAUUCAGGCUACACAUGUGACCAUUAGUCUGGUGUGCAAAGUUGAUGUCUGCUGAUUUAUUGGUGGUUUCAGUUUGCAUUUAUGUAAUUUUAAAUUGGCACCUUAUGUUUAUUUAUUAAGAGAUACUGUCUGAUAGAUAUUUUAGUAUACUGAUUUGUUUUCUAUUUCAUUUGUGCACAGUCUAUAGAGUACACAGUAUGUAUGUACAGUAUAUUCAGUGUACGCUCUGUGUUAUUAAAAAAAAAAAAUGGAUGUCUACAUGGAGAAGGGCCUGGAGGUUAAUCUGUAUUCAUUAAAAAUGCAUGUAAAUAUUGCAUUGGACAUGAAAGAAUAUUUUUUACAAAUUAAAUUCAAGAAUGCUAAGUGUCUGUAUAAGUAGGCUAAUUCAAAACAAAGAAUGAAGUAUGCCUAUCAGUUCAAGUUUAAAGUAUAGAGAAUGUAUUGCUAAAGAUUAUUAUUCAUAUGCUUAUAAUAAAAAAUAAAUCAUUGUGUUUUUUACUGUAAAAAUAGUGUACCG